AUGGGUAAAUCACAGUCGAAGCUCUCCCCCUCCCAGCUCGAAGAGCUCCAGAGGGCGACACAUUUCGAUAAAAAAGAGCUGCAACAAUGGUAUAAAGGUUUUCUGAAGGACUGCCCCUCGGGGACCCUGACAAAGGAGGAAUUCCAGAAGAUCUACCGACAGUUCUUUCCCUUUGGCGACCCAUCCUCGUUUGCAAAUUAUGUAUUCCGAGUGUUCGACUCGGACAACAGCGGCAUGAUCGAUUUCAAGGAGUUCAUCUGUGCGUUGUCGGUCACCUCGCGGGGUAAGAUGGAGGACAAGCUGGAUUGGGCAUUCCAAUUAUACGAUAUCGACGGUGAUGGAAAGAUUACUUACGACGAGAUGCUGGCUAUUGUUGAGGCGAUUUACAAAAUGGUCGGCUCCAUGGUCAAGUUACCCGAGGACGAAGACACACCAGAGAAACGGGUGAAGAAGAUCUUUCGCAUGAUGGACAAGGACGAGAAUGGCAGCCUGGAUAUGGAGGAAUUCAAGGAGGGCAGCAAGCGCGACGAGACCAUUGUCAGCGCCUUGUCCCUCUACGAUGGAUUGUGCGCCGGUAGACCACCGUGCUCGCGCUGUAGAGACCUCAAUCUCUUUUGUACAGGCCAUGCGAAGACCCUGGAGUUUCACGAUGAACUGCCAGCCUUGCAGAGACGGUACCGGUUGACAUCCUCGUCCUCAUCGCCGCUCCAAUCUCGCAACAAAGCCAAGGGUCUCACCAAGGCUAUCUCUCACAUCUCCAAUGCGACGGAAACGUACUCCUGCCUCCCGAUCGACGAGCUUGCAUCGCCCUCAUUGACCGCCGUCGCCGUAUCCUCGCAGCAGACUGAGGUCUUCACCAACUACGUGCUCUCUGCGUUCCCCUGCUACUUCAGAUGCACCGCGACUCGCGUCCCGGUAAACUGGGUCGACUAUGUCCACAGCCGGCGUAGAUCAAUGAACACCUGCUUCGACUGGGCGCUCCGUGCCUGCACCACCGCAUACACUGGCGCUCUACACAACGACCCGCGGUACACGGACGCCGCAACGGCGAUGUACACACAGGCUCUCCGUGGCCUGGUAGCUAUGCUAUCGAACGCCUCGACAGCCACAUCUGACGAGGCGCUGGCCACCGCAAUUUGCUUGGCCUGCUUCGAGGUACAAAACUGCACGAGCCCCGACGCGUGGCUGCGACAUGCUGCCGGGAUCAAGACGAUCAUGCGACUGCGCGGUCCGCAAGCCCACCUCCACGGAUUCGGGCGGGCCAUGUACAUCGUCUACCGGAACCUGAUGGUGACGGCCGCUCUGCUGCAGAUUGCCGCCGACAACGCGCGACUACCCGACUCGUCCGCUUACACCGACGUCGCGGAGCGCGGUUUCUGCGAGAUCUCCAAGGUACCCGGGUACGUGAAACGGGUUCGUGAGUUGCUCGUCCUGCCCUCGAAAAAGAGAGCCUCGCUACAAUCAGCCCUGUUGCGGGAUGUUCAGGCCACUCGGGCCGCGCUGCGCGGCAUCCACACCGAGUUCGGCGUCGCCGUGUCGAUGGUUCGAGCCGGGCAGAAUGAGCAACAGGGGUUCAUUGGCCCGCUCCCCUACGUUUUCUUCGAUGGCUUCUCCGGCCUCUAUGUCCGGGGCAUUCGCUCCGCGCUACUCAUCCUCAACAACUUGAUUCUCGCUAUGGACCACAAACAGCGCGCGGCCGUCAAGACGGAAAAUCGCACCCUGUCCGAUGGAAUGUCUGAAAGCAUCUUGGAGCCGAAAACCGAAGAGCACGAAUCGCCCAUUACACCGCCCAAAUCUCCUGUCAAGUCGCGCAAGCCGAGUCUGGUCGUACGGUCAUUGAUCUCCCCUCAGACCCGUGAGCCGCCAACAUCGGACAUGAUGGAUCGGCUGGUGACGACCAUGGGCAUGGACGGCGUGAGGGUCACUCUAGUGGAAUAG